AUGAGAAUUCAAUGUUAGCAUUCAAUGUUAGCAUAGUAACUAGGGUUUUCUUUUGAUUUUUUCUUUCACAUUGUGAUUGAAAUUUAAUUUUCACUAAUUAACCAAAUAAUUUAUUUUUUCUUACUUGUACAAAUUCACUAGGCCAUUCCGAUAAAUUACCUAAAAUUGUCCAAGUUUCAAAAUCCACAAAAUGGGCAAAUUCUCCAUCAAUCAUUGAACAACAUUCCCAAAAUUUGUACUAUUAAAUAGUCCUAAAACCCCUCUUAAUUUCUAGAAUAAACAAAUUUCAUUAAAAUAUUAAUAAAUAAACAUCUGAAUUCUAAACGUUGAUGAAACAAACAAUUCUAUAAACUCUGCAAGAAUCAGUUCGAGUUUACCAUUGACUACAUCCUCUAUCUCUCCGUCCACUUUUCACAAUCUACAUUGUCAUUUUCUUCACUUUUCAUCAAGAUCUACUCUUUUUUAAGGCGGGUAAUACUAAUUGUGCAGUAGAAAUGUGGAAGUUGGUGAUAGCCGAAGGGGGUAGCCCAUGGUUGAGAACUUUGAACAAUAAUGUUGGAAGACAGUUUUGGGAGUUUGACCCAAAUCUUGGAACUCCAGAACAAAUUAGAGAGAUAAAUGACGCUCGUGAGAACUUUCAGAAGCAUCGUUUUGAGCAGAAGCACAGUGCAGAUUUACUUAUGCGAUUUCAGUUUGCUGCGGAAAAUCCAAAUAAUGUGGUCUUGCCCCAAGUCAAAGUGAAAGAUGAAGAUGACAUAGCAGAAGAAACUGUUGUUACCACUCUUAAAAGGGCUCUCAGCUAUCAUUCUUCUCUCCAGGCACACGAUGGACACUGGCCAGGUGAUUAUGGUGGUCCUAUGUUCUUGAUGCCCGGCUUGGUAAUUGCGUUAUCAGUUUCUGGAGCUCUAAAUGCAGUCUUGUCAAAGGAGCAUCAAAAGGAAAUGUGCCGUUACCUUUACAACCAUCAGAACAGAGAUGGUGGGUGGGGUUUGCACAUUGAAGGUCACAGUACUAUGUUUGGUUCUGCGCUUACAUAUGUUACCUUAAGAUUGCUUGGUGAAGGAGCUGAUGAUGGUGAUGGAGCAAUGGAAAGAGGACGCAAAUGGAUUUUGGAACAUGGAAGUGCUUCUGCAAUAACAUCUUGGGGGAAAAUGUGGCUUUCAGUACUUGGGGUAUUUGAAUGGGAUGGCAAUAAUCCAAUGCCUCCAGAGAUAUGGCUUUUGCCUUAUCUUCUCCCUAUUCAUCCAGGAAGAAUGUGGUGUCACUGUCGCAUGGUUUAUUUACCUAUGUCUUAUUUAUAUGGGAAAAGAUUUGUGGGUCCUAUAACACCAACAGUUUUGUCAUUGCGAAGGGAGCUGUACAAUGUCCCAUAUCAUGAAAUUGAUUGGAAUCAUGCUCGUAAUGAAUGUGCGAAGGAAGAUCUAUACUAUCCUCACCCCUUGGUGCAGGAUAUACUUUGGGCAGCUCUUCACAAGGCCGUUGAACCUGUUUUGCUGCAAUGGCCUGGUAAAAGGUUGAGAGAAAAAGCGCUCUCCCAUGUCAUGGAGCACAUACACUAUGAAGAUGAGAACACUCGAUACUUAUGCAUAGGGCCUGUAAACAAGGUGUUAAAUAUGCUAUGUUGUUGGGUGGAAGAUCCAAAUUCAGAGGCUUUUAAGUUGCAUCUUCCUCGAAUUUAUGAUUAUCUUUGGAUUGCCGAGGAUGGCAUGAAAAUGCAGGGUUAUAAUGGUAGUCAAUUGUGGGAUGCUGCUUUUGCUGUUCAAGCAAUUUUGGCUACAAAUCUUGCUGAAGAAUAUGGCGCAACUCUUAAAAAAGCACAUACCUUCAUAAAAAACUCACAGGUUAAAGAUGAUUGUCCUGGUGAUCUUAGUUAUUGGUAUCGCCAUAUCUCUAAAGGUGCUUGGCCUUUCUCAACUGCGGACCACGGAUGGCCCAUCUCAGAUUGUACUUCAGAAGGAUUGAAAGCUGUUCUUCUGCUGUCAAAACUUCCUUCUGAUAUAGUUGGUGAGCCACUAGAAGUGAAAUGCCUGUAUGAUGCCGUAAAUGUGAUUCUUUCUCUACAGAAUGAUGAUGGAGGAUAUGCAACAUAUGAACUGACACGAUCCUACGCUUGGCUAGAGUUACUAAACCCAGCUGAAACUUUUGGUGACAUUGUCAUUGAUUAUCCUUAUGUUGAGUGUACUUCCGCCUCUAUUCAAGCACUCGUAUCAUUCAGAAGAUUGUAUCCUGGUCAUAGGCGAGAAGAGAUAGAAAAAUGCAUCAAACAGGCUGCAAGUUUUAUCGAAAAGAUUCAGGCAGAAGAUGGUUCAUGGUAUGGCUCUUGGGCAGUUUGCUUUACGUAUGGAACAUGGUUUGGCGUUAAAGGAUUGAUCGCUGCUGGAAAGACCUAUGACAAUUGUCCCAGCAUUCGUAAAGCCUGUGACUUUUUGUUGUCUAAACAGGUUUCUUCGGGUGGCUGGGGAGAGAGCUACCUAUCAUGUCAGAACAAGGUAUAUACAAAUCUCAAGGGCGACAAAUCUCAUGUCGUAAAUACAGGGUGGGCAAUGCUGACUCUUAUUGCUGCUGGACAGGCUGAAAGAGAUCCAAAACCGUUGCAUCGUGCAGCUAAAGUGUUGAUCAAUUCUCAAAUGCCAAACGGAGAUUUCCCACAGCAGGAAAUCAUGGGUGUUUUCAACAAGAACUGCAUGAUUACUUAUGCUGCAUACAGAAAUAUUUUCCCGAUUUGGGCACUUGGUGAAUAUCGAACCCAAGUUCUUCAAAUGAAAUGAGAAAAUGCACGUUUUCCCGGGGGGGUGUUAUUGUCUACCGUUGGCCUCUAUGGUAUAAUCAAUCAGUCGGAGGCCUGAGAAAUGGUGGUUUACCCCGAGAGAAUCAGACACUCUUCUACAUAAUGCUUUGCAUAGCAAGAAACUUGAAAAACUAAGCUGUUGUUCUGUAACACUUCGUGAAUUCAUGUACAAAUGUCCUUAACUGCAUUCUCAUUCUUGGCUAAUUUUCUAUAUAUUUUUAAUUAUAAUUAUAUAUUUUGAUUAUUAAAU